UAUUUUAUACUUAAAUGAAGUCAGCAAAUCCUAAGUUCGCUUUUUACCACAAGAAUAAUUUCGUUCACAGACAGAAACCCGGUGCCAUAUUUUGUUGCCACUUAGGAAGAAUCCAGUUCCACACUUUUCAUUUGUAGAGUUGUGACGAGGUCAUUCAAUGUGGACGGACGAGACAGGAAGAACAAGACUAGACGGAUUUGUUAUGGUUUGACAUGUAUUGCUGUUAUUAGAGGGUAAUUUGGCAACAAAGUUGUUAAAAUGAACAAUUCAAUAGUUAGUCGUUUUGUCAAUGGUAGUUGUGUCUGCACGAGAGUUUUUAAAAUAUGCACCAAUAGAGUUCUAGACCCGGAACAUGCAGUUCACUCACACAGAAAUAUCACGACGGCAAGAUUUCCACCGAUGAAUGACAUUGUGUCAUUUCCCAAAAUUCGGUGUUCUCAAUGGUCGGAAUUUCAAAGGCAGUCAUCUGGCAGGGCUGGAGGUACAAUGAAUGUAUUUGACAGGACUAUGAAGAGAAGACAGAAGAAAUGGGCUGCAUCACAAGACACUGACAAAUACGACUAUCUGAGGGAUGAGGUUGGCAGCAGAGUUGCAGACCGGGUCUAUGACAUUGCAAGAACAUUUCCGUUGGCGUUAGACAUUGGCUCUGGGAAAAGUCACAUUGCUGAGCAUUUGCAAAAGGAAGUAGUUGAGCGGCUCUUCCUAACGGACAUCUCCGAAAAGGCUUUGAUUAACACAAGGCAAAGUGAGAUCCCCACCUACUGUGUCAUGGCCGAUGAAGAGUUUCUGCCAUUUAAAGAAAACACGUUUGAUCUGGUGGUCAGCAGUAUGAGCCUACACUGGAUCAAUGAUCUUCCUGGAGCUUUAAGACAGAUCAACCAAGUCCUGAAGCCGGAUGGGGUGUUCAUUGGGGCGAUGGUUGGUGGGGAGACCCUGUACGAACUGCGCUGCUCCCUGCAGCUAGCUGAGCUUGAGCGCGAAGGGGGGUUCUCCCCCCACGUGUCCCCCUACACGGCCGUCACAGACCUGGGCAACCUGCUGAACCAGGCGGGCUUCACCAUGCUGACAGUGGACAUUGAUGAUAUUCAAGUUCACUAUCCUGGAAUUCUUGAGGUCAUGACUGACCUGCAAGGUAUGGGGGAGAGCAACUGUGCUUGGAACAGAAAGACGAUGUUGCACAGAGACACCAUUUUAGCUGCAGCCGCCAUCUACCAAGAGAUGUACGGCAGUGAGGAUGGGUCAGUUCCUGCAACUUUUGAAAUCCUCUACAUGAUUGGUUGGAAACCUCAUGAGUCACAGGCAAAACCAGCUAAAAGAGGCUCUGCAAAUGUGUCAUUUGGGGAACUUUCGAAGAUUGCUCAGCCAUUACCCGAAGACAAGUCGUAGAAGAGAACACCUACAAUAGCAGCAAUUAAAUUAAUGUAACAGUUCCUGUUAUUGGGGAACUACUAGACAGUAAACCAGCAAUAGGUAAUUUGAGAUGAAAUGAUGUCCCUAACAAACUUCCAGACCUGAGAGAUGUUCACCCAUGUUUAUCUCCACCAGUGGUGUGUUUCCACCAAACUGCAGGAAAAGCAUUGUAUAAUGAUGUUGUGCUCAUCAAACUUUCUCAUGUACUGAAUAUAAAUGUAUGGUUUGACUUGUUUCCAUUGCAUUUUCAACUCUACAUGAGGUUUGUCAACAGAGUUGGGGUGUAAGGGAUUACAAGUAAUUACAAAAAAACAGUAACUGUUACCAACAAAAAUAAUGGAAUCGGAUUACAGAUACUUUUGAAAAAAUUUAUGAUUACUUCAAUUGGAAAAUAAUAUGUGCGCGAAAUAAUUAUGACACAUUAUAUGUUUGACUUUAUUAUUGAAUGUUAUAAAAACAUUGUUAUU